AUGCUCGAACAAGUGAAGGAGCGCCUGCUGCUGCUGUUCCGCACGGGAAAAUACGCCCAGUUGGCGCCCGAGGACCUGGAAAAGGUGUACCAGGUCUCCAAGACGUUUCUACGGCUGAAUGAGUCACGGCUCGCCCCGCUGGAGUACUACACCCUCCUGGAAUUGCACUAUUUCCUUUGUCUGUUGACGACAAGGGACACCGAGGCAAAGACGGCGCUGGACCGGUUCAGCGACAAGUUUGAGGCCAAGGAUAGUGAGAAGCUGGUUGUUCUCAAGAGCUAUUACGUCGAAAUCCUCGGCAAGAAGGACGCCCUCGAAUAUUUGGAGAAGGCGGCCGUGCCGUUGAUCCAGACAAGGCCAAGUCUAACGGCAGAGCCUGUUCAGCACCACGAGAAAGACCUGCGGCAGAUCGAAAAGCGGAAAGUGGCGCUCAAAAGCGACUCGCGCGCCAGCUACAUCAAAAACCUGCUUGAAUAUAUUAACGAUACUCCGCUGGACUACGAGUCGUGGAUGGAGCUGGCAGAACAAUACGUUGCUCUCGGCGAAUACGAAAAAGCAUACGACUGCGUCCAGGAGGUGCUUGUGGGUGUUCCUGCCGCAGGUGCUGCAGCAGGCGACGAGGUCCUUCAUGCGCGCGAUCGAGCUCUGCGAGCUCCACACGCGCAGCUGGUGCGGUCUGCUGGCGGCUGCGAGAGACUUAAAGGACCAGAAGCUGGAAGCUAUUGCCAGAAACAAGCUGGAGCAAAUAGUGGAGGAGGGCCGCACAAAUGA